GGUUUCUGUUAUGUCAACGUCAUAUGUCAUGUGUUGUUGGCAGUUUUGUCAACACGUAUUUCACUAUUCUCUAAAGAGUUUAAUUUUCCAUUGCAAUAAUUAGUUCACAUAUAAAUUGAAAUAGCUAGAAAUAUUCACAUAAAAUACAAUGGCUACAAGUGACAGUGAGGACUUUGAAAGUGCAGAUGAAGGUCAUGGGAGUCCAGACAAGAAGGAAAGAAAGAAACGCUUGUCCUCUUCAAAUUACAGUGACAACGCAUUAGAAACUGAACAAAAAGCUUCGAAUACACCAAAAAAAUCCAGUAAUGUUAAAAAUGUUGAGGAAAAUGUGAAAGAAACUGAUGGUUGGGAUGAUUUUGACAUAGAUGACACUGAACCGGUACCCGCACCUGCUAAGAGCAAUGUACAGAAACAGAAUAAAACGGUUGAAGAUAAACCUAGUACUGAUAAAGAAAUUAAAAAGUCCCAGGAUACCGGCUGGGAUGACUUCGAUGACUGGGGCGAAGAUGACACAGCUAAUACUGCAGAAAAGCCAGAAUCAAAACCAAUUCAGUCUAAACCUCAGCCAGCUCAAAGUCAGAAACCGGAGCCUAACAUCCAGGAGGUUACAGACAGAUUGGCUGCAGCUUCUACUGGUGGCAGUGGGUGGGGAUGGGGCUGGAGUGUGGACUCCUUGCUGAGCAGCGCUACUGCUGGUAUCAGUACCAUUACCAGUCAAGUUUCACAGGGUAUAUCAACUGUCCUAGAAACAGGCAUAGGUGCUCCUGAUCCAGAAGAAUUAGCCAGAAGAUCAGUAAAGACUAAUGAGACCAAGACAGAUAGGCCUGAGCCAGCAUCUGAAGCGGACAAGAGAUCUGAAGAGGGAAGUGCACAGGAAGCAAGUCCUGGAGAUGCUGCAUUCCCAUUUGGAAGUCUGAUAUCUGGUGUUACCAAGUUUGUCGAGACUACUGGUACAAAAGUAAUACACGGCGGUCUAGAUACCUUAGAAACUAUUGGCAAGAAGACAAUGGAAGUUCUGCAAGAUGGUGACCCUGGCCUGGCCAAGAAACGGGCCAUGCUUGGAUUGGGAACUGGUGAUAAGCCAGUUCUCUCUCAAGUGCUUAGGGAGGCUAAAGCCAAGGCUGAGGAGGAAGAUAAAGUGAGAGAAGAAAAGAGGGAGGCUAAGGAAGUGCAUUAUGAGAACCUCUUUGAUGAUUUUGAAGGACUAGUACACCUAGAAGCGCUGGAGAUGUUGUCUAGACAGGUCAGUAUGCGCAUAGAGGAACGGAUACGCAGUGUCGAUGUGGACAAGAGACAGGACAUCAAGGAAACACUGCAGCAAGUUGCUGAACUAUGUGAAAUGCCCGAAGAAGAUGAUGAUGAUGACGAGGAAUCUCCAAGCGAAGAUCUGUCCAAGCCGGACGCCUUCCACGAAAGGCUGCAGACUGCUACACAGGAUCUAGGGCUGAAACUCCAAUUCCAGGCUUUGGUCAAUCAAUACACAGACGUCCUAACGUACCUAUCGUCACCGGAUUCAGAAUCAGUGAAGGCAGUAUACAAGAGAGCGGUGUCCAGUCUAGCCCAGGGUACUGCUUUGGCAGUGGAACAGUACCACAAAGCUGCGGAGAUGCUUCUCGUCAAGACUCGAAGGUCCACCGCUGAUGAGGCCGAUGCGUUGACACAAAUGACAGUGGUGUUAACAAAACACAUCAGUGAGCUGGCAACACUAUUCACUGAGAAACUAAACGCAUUGCCAUCUGACAAUAAGGAACAAGUUAACACAUACAUCACUAAUAUCUUCCUAGAGGCUGGCAACAGUUCGACUUACAUCCAAAACGCGUUCCAGUUGGCGUUACCUAUACUACAGAUAGGUGCUGUGUAGAUUAAAACAAUUUUUGUAUAAUUAGACACUGAUCAAAAAUUUUACCUAUU